CCGGGAUUUAAAGGGAACCCCGGGGGCUGCGCUGUGUUCUUUGGGAUCCUCACCCCUAAAGCAGCCGCAACAACGGGAGGCAGGAGAGGGCAAGGCGGUCCGGACCGGACGCUGGCAAGGAACAAGACCCAUGGACGACCAAGCAAGCAGAAUGAACACCUUACCCGCCAGCCCGAUUGCUCUGGAUUAUCUGGAUGAGUUUGACCUGCUGAAGUUCGAAGUGAAACAGGAAUUGCCCCGGCUGAACAGCAGCUCCUCCGUCAGUUCCACCCCGUGCAGCUCCGUGCCCCCCUCGCCCACCUUCGACAAGGGGGCAGACCCCAAAUCCUCCCUGGAAGAGCUCUACUGGAUGGCGACGUUGCACCAGUCUUUGGCGGCGGCCGCGGCGGCGGGCGCCGGUCCGGAGACGCAGAUGGUGCCAGGGCUGGAUGAAGCCGUCGAAGCCUUUUUGGGGGUACCCGUGGCAGAAGGGGGUCUUCGAAACAGCAUGAGCCCCGAGCUGCAGGGGUUCCUGGGAUCCGCCGAGAGCUUUGGGGCCGAGCAACAGCAGCAACAGCUUCCUCACUUCCAGCUACCCCGGCUUUCCGACCGCUUCUCCGAUGCCCAGCUGGUCUCCAUGUCCGUGCGGGACCUCAACCGGCAGCUCCGCGGCUUCGGCAAGGACGAGGUGCAGCGGCUGAAGCAGAAACGGCGCACCCUCAAAAACCGCGGCUACGCCCAGUCCUGUCGCUUCAAACGGGUCCAGCAGCGCCACAUCCUGGAAGCCGAGAAGUCCCAGUUGGCCCAGCAGCUGGAGUCCCUGCGGGUGGAGGUGGCCCGCUUGGUCCACGAACGAGACAUCUACAAAGCCCGGUGUCAGAAGCUGCUGAGCGAGGCGGCCGGGGGGCAUUGUGGGGAGGGGGCCACCAAGGCCCCCAUAGCUCAGGCGCCUUCCAUGGUGCAGUUUUUUUUAUGAGCCCGCCCUGGACUUCCUUCCGCCUCCAUCGAACUUUUGGGGAGCUGCGCGGGAAAUGAACUUGCCGAGAAGCUGCUUUCCCCUCUUUAAUCCACCAGAGGGGGACGCUGAGCCCAGCUCCCUCCCAGGUAGUCCCUUCUAUCCACCACCAGAUGGCGCCAAAGAGUCUCGGCCAUCUUAGGCAGGUCUACAUGCACAAAUAGCUUUGGGGAUGAUGGCAAGCGGGCAGACGCUUCCCCUCAAAGGCUCCUGGGAAUUGUAGUUUGGCAUGGGUGCUGCUCGGCGGGGCGGGUGGGUGGGUGUCCAUCUUCCACCCGAGGAACUACAGCCCCCAUGGUUCCCUGCAGCCUUAUGCCUCAGUCUAGUGACGUUUACGGUGCAAAUAAGGCUGGUUCUCUUGGGCGUGUUGAGAAAUGUACUUGGUUGAUCAUUCUUGCUUCCAACGGAAGGAGAGAAACAAAUGGAAGCCGAAAACAUGGCUUCCGGUCUCUUCCCCAGAGCCAAAAUUUGGGCCAGAGGGCGAAAGAGGCAGAUUUGGGAAUCCUGUUGCCCAAUUUUUAGGUCCCAAAUUUGCAAAUGGAGAGAAUUUGGCAAGGCAAAAGGACCUGCAGCAGGCACUCUCAAUUUCCUGAGAAACCUGGAGGCCAUAUUGGAUCCUGGAAAUUGCCAGGAAGGGAGGGCGGGAGAGACUUGCCCUUUCUCAAAAUGGCUGCCUCGUUGGUGAGGCCAGGCACAAAAUGAGGAGUGGGCCUAGGAGCCCCCCAGCACGCCACUGUCAACAACACGCAUUACAUUUUCCUGUUUGGGUGUGAGAGUUGUGUGGGGCAAAAAUAAUAAUAAUAAUAAAUCUUUUAAGCCUCUUCUAGGCGAAGACCACAACUCCCGGAAUCCCUAGCCAGGAUCCCAGAAUUCCUAGCGAGUAGCUAGGAAUUCUGGGAGUUGUGUGCCUGGAGGACGGCUGAGUUGACAGCAAUGCUGGGAUUGGACGAUGUUGUUCUGGGCCUCUGGGGGGAUUUGGCCAGUGUUGCAGGAAGACAAAAAGUGUGUGAAAAGUGCAGCUUUGUGAUGUUUUUGUUGCAAAAGGAGACCCACAGUCACCCUUUAGAUCCUGUCAAUAAAAAAACAGAGUACUUUUACAAA